AUGCAAUUGUCAAUUGUUUGCUUCUUUCUUUUAACAUAUGUUAAUGCUGCUGUCAUCACAUUGACAAAACCAUCGGAUGAUGAUUUCUACAUUCCACAAGAUGGUUUUGAAGAUGCUGAACCAGGUGAGAUUUUGAAGAUCCGAAAGACCCCCAACAAGCUUAGUGGUUUAUUUUUCCCAAUAGAUGUCAAAAAUAGUUGGCAAUUGUUAGUACGCUCUACUGAUUCCUUUGGAAAUGCCACUGCUAUUGUUGCUACUAUCAUAGAACCAUUCAAUUCUGAUCCUUCCAAAGUGGUAUCCUAUCAAACUUUUGAAGAUUCGGCCAAUAUUAACUGUUCACCUUCCUAUGGGAUGCAAUGGGGUGCUUCUAUUUCCACUGUUGCGACACAGAUUGAUAUGUCAUUUAUGGUCCCAUUGUUAAACAAUGGUUACUUUUUGGUAUCUCCAGAUUAUGAAGGUCCUAAAUCAACUUUCACUGUGGGUAGACAAUCGGGACAUGGUACUUUGGACUCAAUCAGAGCCAUUUUACAAUCUGGAAAUUUUACUGGUGUUGAUGAAGAUGCACAGGUUGCUAUGUGGGGUUAUUCUGGUGGUUCUUUGGCAUCAGGUUGGGCUGCUGCUUUGCAACCACAUUAUGCACCUGAAUUGGAAGAUAAUUUGAUUGGUGCUGCCCUUGGUGGAUUUGUAACCAAUAUUACAGCUACUGCUGAAGCUACAGAUGGAAAGUUAUUGGCUGGCUUAGUACCUAUUGCUUUGAAUGGAUUGGGUAAUGAAUAUAAUGAUUUCCGUGAAAUAUUGUACUCUGAAGUCAAAGAAGGUGGAAGAGAUAAAUUGGCUGAUGGGUUAAAUCAUUGUAUGAUUCCUGGUAUCAUUCGCUUUGCCUUUAGCCAAUUUCUAGCAGGUAAAAAUAGACUAUUCCCUAAUGGUUACGGUUUGCUCGACGACCCAAUAGUUAACAGAACAAUCCAGGAAAACAAUCUUAUGAGUGUCUCCAAGGAGUACAUUCCUAAAAUACCGUUAUUUGUUUAUCAUGGCACAUUGGAUGCAGUGGUUCCAAUUGUCAAUGUCAAGAAAACCUAUGAAAGAUGGUGUGAUUGGGGUAUUGAAUCUUUUGAAUUUGCUGAAGACUUGUUGAAUGGUCACAUUUCUGAAACUUUAGUUGGUGCACCAGCUGCGUUGACAUGGUUGGAAAGAAGAUUCGCUGGUUUGGAUCCAGUCAAAGGAUGCCAACAUACUGCACGAAUGAUGAACUUCUUAUACCCAAAUAUCUCAAGUGCUACUAGUGAUUACUUUACAGGAUUGUAUGAUGCUCUUCAAGGCACCCCAUUGGGACCAGGAUUGAACACCGACAACUUUACACUUAAUGGAUUGCUAGGAACCUUGGGUGAUAUUUUCUAG